CUGUGAAAUCAAGAAAUAAUAAUUAAUAGCAGUUAGUCCUUAUUCAGUACUACUCUAUGCUCAGAAUUUGCAAAUGAUCAGCUCCCGACACGGCGCUUCGACUUUUUGGAAGCUGAGACAUAAUUUGUGAGUUCGUUAUUAUUGUGUCGUUAUUUACCAUCGUAAAAUAAAUUACAUUAUCGGGUUUGCAAAAGUAAUCAUAUUACGGCUCGUUUAAGACUUAAAGAGUCACUUUACAACUAUUGAUUUUAGAAAACAAUGUUUCGAAAUGGUAAAAUUUCUGAAACUACCCAAACUAAACAAUCUCGCAGUGAACGAUUCCAAGAAAUGUCGAAACAGCAACAAUUGAUAGAACAAAAAAAACGGGAAAUUCAAGCUAGAUUCGAAGAGAAGAAAAAGAAAAUUGCUGAACAAUCCGAAGGAAGCAACAAACCAUCAAAACCAUUAGCUAUUACGAAAAAUUCUAUUAAAUUAGAUAAAAUCAAAUCGUUUUAUCAAAAAUCUAAAGGUUUAUUGAAAAAUGAGAAUUCAGUAAAAAAUGUUCAUGAGGACCUUCCUUACGAGUCAACAGGAGUGCACAAAAGUAAACCCUCUUUGGCAGAUGUUUUUGAAAAAGAUGAUGAUACUAAUUCUAAAGAACAUGAACAUUUUAAAGAUGACAAACCUGAGGUUAAACACGGACCUAAAUUAGAGCAAAACUAUUGUUCGGAACAGUAUGAAGAACCAAAGUCAUUCAUGUCAUUGCCUGAACAUCAAUUUGUGGGUUAUGAAAUUAAUCAAUCUUACCAGCAACCUAGCUAUUACAGUUCCCCGUCAAUUCAAGUGACUACGAUUCAACCACAAACUACUGUUGUUCAAGUUCCUACUGUUUCAAUAGUUACAACACAUCCAAUUUUACAAAUUUCCCAGCCUUCAAUUUACCCAACACAUAAUCCAGUGUUCUUAUCUCAAAAUAAUGCAAAACUCGGUCAGUACCAACAGUAUCCUAUACAGACUCCUCCAUUGACCGCUACAAUAGUAACUGAUACAACUACAACAGCGACUGUACCAAGGAGUGCUGACGAACAACCAUCACUCAUAGUAACCGAAACCUCAACAGUGUCUUUAGGACCAACACCGAGUGCCGCACAUUUAUUGAACGCUCCACCACAGACGAUUGAAACUUAUACUGCGGUUCCCAGAGUGCUGAGAUGUGAACCGCAAGCAACACUCGACAAUCAAGAUGUUGAAAGUUUGGCUGCUACAGUAGCUGAGUAUGGUGAUGAAAUUGAAGAUAUUAUACAACGAGAACGACCACAAGAUGUCAAUUUAUUAUUCUUGAGGGACAAAAAUUCUCCAGCCUAUUCAAUUUUUCGACAAAGAGUCGGAUACUUAAGAGCUAAAAUAAUAGCAAAUAAAUUGACUCCCACAGACAUAAAACCACAAUCAUCUUUAAAUUAUGAAGUAACAAAUUCUGAAAAUGAUGAUAGUAUCAGUAGAAAACGUAAACGUAAAAGUCGAUGGGCAAGUGACAAUGUUAAAGUUCCGAUUGUUUCACCAAUUGGAAUUAUUCCUUCGAUAGAUUUAGCAAAAACAAUUCCACAGCCAGCCAAUGCUAAUAAACUUGCCGGUGUGCCCGGUUUGUCUGGUCCGAUGAUCAGCCAAGUUCAACGUACAGAUCCAGCUCUUUUACAAUAUGCCAUGCAAUCUUUUGGUACAUUAAAUUUAUCUGAAGAAGACUGGAAAAAAGCCGAAGACCAUUUUAAAAUUAAUUUGUUGUACCAAGAUAUGCUUAAGAAACGUCAAGAAAUAGAACGUCUGAAAAAGGCUGGGAAGUUUAAGUAUGAGUAUGAUAGUGAUGAAGACACUGAAGGAGGUACCUGGGAACACAAAUUAAGAAAGGAGGAAAUGAUAGCAACUGAAAGGUGGGCAGAAGAGUUGACUGAGAAAUCCAAAGAAAAACAUCAUAUUGGAGACUUUUUACCACCUGAUGAACUUUCAAGAUUCAUGGAAAAGUAUUCUGCCCUAAAAGAAGAUCGUGAACCUGAUCUCUCCGAUUAUAAAGAGUUUAAACUGAAAGAAAAUAAUAUAGGCUUCCAAAUGUUACAAAAACUUGGUUGGUCUGAAGGACAAGGUUUAGGAUCCAGCGGUACUGGAAUAGUUGAACCUGUCAACAAAGGCGGAUCUCAUAAUGAAAACCAAGGAUUGGGUAUUGAAAGACCAUCAGAACUAAGACAAAAUGACGAUGAAUUUGAUGCGUAUAGAAAACGGAUGAUGCUAGCUUAUCGUUUCCGGCCUAAUCCAUUGAAUAACCCACGAAGACCAUAUUAUUAAAAUAAAGACAGCGACCAUUCAACUACCUAUUCAAAAUGUUGAGUGACCUCUUUUAUAGAUGUCAAUUUUAAUACUGUUUAAGUUUUUAUUGUUAAUUAGAAAUAGUGUUUUUGCUGCUAUAAUCUCUUAAAAAUACACUUCAUGUCUGUGUGACCAUAUCAAUAUAAUAUAUUGAUAUUAUGUAAAUAUUUGAUGUUUAUAACUAUCUAUUCUAUGUACUAUAAUUUUAUA